CCACCGUAUCGAAGGAAACGGGGAAAGAAGAAUUGCUCCCGCCUGUCCAGUCUAUUUCUCCAAUACUUUUGGAAUUAACUGCUCGUGCUGCUCGCUCCGAUUUGAGUUACCUCACUAUUCUUUAAAAACUAAAAAAAAAAAUAGAUUGAGGAAAUUCUCGGUCGUAACGAAAUUGUUAUGCACGAAAAUUCAAUGGCCAGGACUCAUUCAGUCAGUGUUGCUCCUUUCGAAACAACCCGCUCUCAGAGUCAAAAGGCACUGUUGGUAGUGAGUGCUACCCGUCGUUUGCAAGAGAAAUUGGCGCUUUCACCGGAACGAGCUGGUUUUGCACUGCAAGCGAUCGAUACACGACUAAGUUUUCUCGAAGACACAUGUCCCUUGCUCCCAACCUGUUUCUUGCGCCAAAAAUAUCGGUCUUUUGAUGGAACAUGCAAUAACCUACGACGUCCUUCUUGGGGUAGCGCUUUGACGUCGCUCGACCGUCUUGCUCCACCAGAAUACGAUGACGGUAUUUGGGAUCCCAAAAUCAGGAAAUCGAGCAAAGAGCUUCCAAACGUUCGUGUUGUAAGAACAACCGUAGUUAAAGACGAGAACCACCCAGCUGUCGAUAUGACACAUAUGCUAAUGCAAUGGGGUCAAUUCAUCGAUCACGAUAUGGUUCAAGUACCAGUCUUUCAGACAGCCAACCAAUCGAACAUUGAAUGCUGCACUCCAGAGGGUGGAGUCCUUCCUUCAGAACUGCGACAUCCUCAUUGUUUCCCAAUCGACAUUCCAGUGAAUGAUCCUUUCUACGGCCCAAGAGGCAUUCGAUGCCUGAACUUCGUUCGUUCCAUGAUUACUCCUCGCACUGAAUGCCGAAUGGGUUAUGCAGAUCAAAUGAACCAGCUUACUCAUUUUAUUGACGCAUCUCAUGUGUACGGGCCAUCACCUGUCAUUGCUGCGAACUUGCGUCAGUUUGUCGGAGGCCUCAUGAAAACCUCCUUCAUCGAGGGUCGUCAAUACCCAUUACAAGACUUCCAAGGCAAAAAUUGCGUCGGUCUAACUAGGGACACCGGUUGUUUUGUAGCAGGAGAUACACGCGUUAAUCAAAUUAUGACGCUAACCAGCUUACACAUCAUCUUUCUGCGUCAACACAAUUACAUUGCUACUGCACUGAAUGCGAUUAAUCCUCACUGGAGUGAUGAAAUUAUUUAUCAGGAGACUCGACGAAUUAUUGGCGCUUUAAUGCAGCACAUCACCUACAACGAAUUUCUCCCAUCGAUACUCGGCCGCCAGACGAUGGAAAUCUACGGUUUGACUCCUCAAAGUUCUGGUUAUUCAUCAAGUUACGACGAAAAUGUUAAUCCAUCAAUCACUAACGAGUUUGCCGCUGCUGCUUUCCGCAUGGGUCACUCACUCAUUCAGGGAUCAAUCAACCUCGUGGAAGAAGACGGUAAAGUCCGUGUGGAGUUAAUGCGGAAUUGGUUUAACAACCCCCAUUUACUUCGCCAAUCUGGCCAGUUGGAUGCUGUCUUGCGUGGUAUGAUUGAUCAGUGGCCUCAAAACAUGGACGAAUGGGUAUCAGAAGAUCUAACGAAUCAUCUUUUUCAAAGACCCAAGAGGGAUUUUGGAUUAGAUCUUAUUUCCAUUAACCUCUGGCGGGGUCGGGACCAUGGGUUGCCUGGCUACAAUACCUAUCGUCAAGUCUGUGGUUUGCCACCUGUUACGAGUUUUCAAGAGCUUUUGAAAAUAAUGGAUCGCUCGGUAGUAAACCGUUUGGCUUCAGUUUAUCGCUCAGUCGACGACAUCGAUCUUUAUAUUGGUGGUCUGGUUGAACAUCACUUGCCUAGCUCAAUGCUCGGCCCCGUCUUUUCAUGUAUAAUUGCUGAACAAUUUGCCCGUUCGAAAGAGGGCGAUCGUUUCUUUUACGAACACGGUGGACAGCCCUACUCCUUUACACCAGCUCAACUACAAGAAAUUCGAAAAAUGAGUUUGGCUGCCAUAAUUUGUGAUAAUGCUGAUAAUAUAGUGAAAGUGCAACCACUGGUUUUCCGCCAUCCUUCUCCCACAAAUCCUCGCGUUAACUGCAAAUCACCAAUAAUUCCCCGCAUGAAUCUUGCCGCCUGGACCGGAUAGCUGGUUUUGUAAAUCUUUGCAAACGCGUUGGACCUUGUACAAAUCAGAGUUCUUAUUAAAUUGUACAGAUUAUUGAAGCUUGGUGGAGAAUUUCAUCCUUAUUAAAUUGCACCUGAAGUGUUUUCAAGCCAAGAAUAAAUUAGAUGACCAUAUCGGCUGCAAGAUUAUGUAUAUGUUGGUAACUAUGGUAUUCUUGCCAAAGUCACACGUGUAAUCAUGUAAUAGGCGAUAAAUCGUACGUAAUUAUAAGGCAAGGCAUCUAGGCGACAUAAUAGUUGAUUUAUUUGUGGACUAAAAACAUU